AUGACUAUUUACUUCAGACUCUCUAAAGAGACAAACUCUGCAACCGAAUCCAAAGGUAGAGCCUUGAAGUCUGCUUUACUGUUCGAUGUUGUGCCUACACCUAGUACUGCCAAACGAUCCCAUUGUGCCAUGAACCUCUUCAGCACUGUCUUUUUUAUCACCUUGCUGGGAACAGUGAUGUCCCAGAACAGGCCCAAUUCAAAGGGCAUAUCCAGAAAUUCCAGCCCAAAUAGAAGGACUCCAAAUCCAAGUGGGUCAUCAGCACAACCAGUCACUAAUGGAGACCCACCACAUGCAAAUCUUACUGCUUUGGAAGACAACAACAAUCUAGUGUCUCAUGUCAGGACAUUAGCACAGACCCUGUACCAAUGUUCAAAAUCAGCUACUCCUGAUGAGAUGAAACUUAAUUUCCUGAAGAGCACGGCGGUGACAUGCAAUGAUGGAACUCCAGCUGGAUAUUACAUAAGGGAGUCAAAAGGGAGCAAACGAUGGUUAAUAUUUUUAGAAGGUGGCUGGUGUUGUUAUAACAAAGAAAGCUGUGAUGCAAGAUACAGAUCAAUUCCACGGCUCAUGGGCUCUUCUGAAUGGCCACAAACCCAGAAAGGUUCUGGAAUUCUAUCAUCACAACCUGAAGAAAACCCACAUUGGUGGAAUGCAAACACAGUGUUUGUACCUUAUUGUUCAAGUGAUGUAUGGAGUGGAACUGCACCAAAAACCCGCCAAGUUGAUUAUGCGUUUAUGGGCUCAUUGAUUCUCAAGGAGGUGAUUAGAGAGUUGGUUCCCAAGGGUAUUAAAUUGGCAAAGGUUGUCCUGCUGGCUGGAACCAGUGCCGGGGGAACUGGAGUGUUGCUGAACAUUGAACGAGUGGCUCAUCUUCUAGCACAGCUGGGUGCUGAUGUGCAGGUGCGGGGUUUGGUAGAUUCUGGCUGGUUCCUGGACAAUAAACAACCACGGCAGGCUGAAUGCCCAGAUGUAACUUCCUGCAGUCCAAACUAUGUCAUUAAAAAAGGACUCAGGUUGUGGAAUGGUGUUAUUCCUGAAAGAUGCAGACAGCAGUUCAGACGUGGAGAUGAAUGGCAGUGUUUCUUUGGCUACAGGAUGUAUUCGUCCUUAAAAUCCCCCGUGUUUGUGGUGCAGUGGCUGUUUGAUGAAGAGCAGCUGAAGAUGGAGAAUAUUCAACUGGGAAGUCACUCUCUUACUGAAAACCAAUGGAACUAUAUCCAGAAUCUGGGCAGAGACCUGAGAAAUUCAUUACGGGAUGUAUCAGCUGUUUUUGCCCCAGCAUGUCUAUCGCACACCAUGAUCUCUAAAAGCAACUGGUUGGAUUUUCAGGUGAGGGGAACUUCCUUGAACAGAGCACUACAGUGUUGGGACCGAAGCCUUCAGGAGAAUAAGAGUUCAAGACCCCCCGUGAGAAAUUGCUCCUUCCAUUUAAUUGACCAGUGCCGGCUGCCACAUUGUAACCCCACCUGCCCAGCACUUCGUGAUCAGGUCACAGGUCAGGAAGUGAACAUGAUUCAGCUCCUGAUGAACAUGGGCUUUGAUGUUCAAAGAAUAGCACAGCAGCUUGGAAUGGAACCUAGUCGCCUGCUGGGGAUGCUUAGUAAUGGAGGUUAAAGUCUUAAAACUCAUUUUGGUUGCUUAGAAAUGUGUAUUUUCCUCUGUGUGAUAAUAUUUACAGUUAAAAUCAUGGAUUUCAGUCACAGCAUUGCCUGGAACAAAGCUGGAAUUUUGAAUUAGCAUGCCCAAUUAUUCAGAAUGUAUUCCAGUUUAGCAUAACUAUAUAUUCGUAACCUGGCAUUGCUCAAAGCAUGGCUCAACUCCUUUACCGCCAAGCCUGUCUCUUGGGGAAGUGAUGGGUUUCAUUCUACUUAACAUUUCUGUAAAAUUUAUCCUUUACUUUCAUUGAAUAUGUAUUCAAAGACUAUUUGGUUUUGA